CCGGCAAUCACAAUCCUUAUGAAGAACAUCUAAUGAGUUCAUGAUCAACGAAUUCAACUAUUUUUGAAAUAAGCCAAGAAAAUCCAAUACACUGGCCACCAUGGGUAGCAGUGAAGCGCAGACCUACUGCCUACGAUGGAACAACCACAAGUCCAACCUGGUCGAGAUCCUGGAUGCGCUCAUCAAGAUGGAGUGCUACGUCGACUGCACGAUCUUCGUCGACGAGCAUGUCCAGUUCAAAGCGCAUCGGGUCGUUCUGGCGGCCAAUUCCCCCUAUUUCCAAGCCAUUUUGCAGGACGUUCCCAUGGAUCACUGCACUAUUCUAUUUCCUGGGGUGCAGGAGUUCGAAAUGCGAGCUCUCCUGGAGUACAUGUACACUGGAGAGGUUAACGUAACACAGUCACAGAUUCCAAGGAUCAUGAAGAUUGCCGAACAGUUAGAAGUCAAAGGACUGUUCGACAUGGCCGACAUAAAAGGAAGGUUCGAGAAGAUGGUCGUAGAUCAUGAGCGAGAUCGAGACCCGCCGUAUGUAAGCAAUAACAACUACAGUGGCAAACCUCAGCCACCGUCCAGCAAUCAACAGUCACCUCCGGUCAUUUCGACCUCUACGAACGUUUCCAUUGCUCAGAGCAGUAGCUCAUCUCCACCGUACACGUACAAGUCGCCAUACACGAGUUUGUACUCUCGCACCAGUCCCACAGCCAUAGAACGAGACAGAGACCGUGAACGCGACCGUGAACGGGACCGGGAACGCGAGUUCGAAGACCGAGAACGUCGCGAACAAUCAUCAUCCUACACCCAUCCUCCCCCGCAUCCUUCGUAUUCCCAUCAGAAUGAACCUCCCCAAGAUGAACAGCCACAAACAUCGUCCGCUUCGUCAUCCUCCUCAGCUCCGCAUCCGUCACAAAACCUCCGGUGGUCACUGCCGGGUCAGAUUCCUGUUACCCUGCAUCAACCGCAGCUCCACAAUAUGCUCAGCUCAGUUUACGACUCAAGCUCGGAUAUGAACCCGCUCAAACGCAAGAAACUCCAGUCCAUGUCCAGCAUGCUUCGUGACACCCCGAUCCUACGGAAUGUACUUGCUCAACCCAAUGUUGCCGACUCGUCUCAAUCUUGUCCUUCAACGAUGUCACUUCAACAACCUCCCACAGCUUCUGCUGCAGCCACGUCUGUCGCUGGACACCAUCAUCCUUCGGAACUGGUCAGCAGCCAUCACUCCAACGGUGGUGGAUACAAGCACCUAAAAGAGCCGCUGUCGCCAUACGCCGACAAAUCGUACGACGACGAAGCCAUGCUUGAACCCCGCCUCAACUACAGUGCCGACGAUGCCCGCCUGGCGUCGUACGUUCCCCAUCAGCAACAGAAGCCGGAGUGGAAACGAUACAAGCAAUACACCCGCACGGACAUCCUGAAUGCGAUCGAAUGCGUCCGCAAGGGUAUGAGUGCCCUACAGGCAUCGCGUAAGUUUGGCGUCCCAUCGCGCACUCUGUACGAUAAGGUGAAAAAGUUAGGAAUCACAACCGGUCGACCGAUGAACCGUACGAUCAAGCGAAGUCCUAGUUCAGGUGGCAGUCCUGCAUCAUUCCCCUACGGAUUGAGUGGAGCGUCCCAUAUGUUCGGUCCAGGACACCCGGCAGAACAGCAUAUGCCAUCGCAAUCGCAAAUGCAACAUGGCGACGAAGAUAAGUCGCGAAGAAUGGAACAUUCAGGCCACCACUUGCCGCCGACGAUUCCCCAUCCGGCGGCAGCCUUGCUAGAUCCGUCGUUCCUCCAGCAGGCCCUGGAGGCACGUGGGGGAGAAGCACUGCAAGCGAUGGCUUUUGCUGCAGCGGCUCAUGCUGCUGUAAAUGGAAUCAAUACCUCUCCCGGUACGCAUGGUUCCGCUAGGUCACCUAGUCCGAAUGUCCUGAUGAAGUACAUGCGUUCAGUUUCAAUGAGCUCUCCGGAGGAUCGUGAGGGACCUCGUGAUCCCAGCGAGGGUGAUCGUCACCAUCACAGCAACGGAUCCGAAGGUUACGAAAGGCCGGAACGCAGGCCAAGUGAGCACGAAGAUCUUCGGGAUGUAAGCGGCGGGGCGGAUGAUCUCGUGGAGGAUCUGUCUAUGGCACGACGUGGGCCGGACUCGGAUCGUGGAUCGGUUUCACCACCAACACUGCCAUUGCCAAGUCAUUUGCAGCAGCAGCAGCAGCAGCAGCAUCCACCGCAACAUCACCUGUCUCAUCCUCAGCCGCCGCCGCCACCACCGCCACCGCUGAUGCCUCCACAGCAACAGGGCGUGAUUGUUCCGGCACCGAGCAAGAUCAAAGACGAGUAUGCCAUUAAGCGAGAACUGAUCGCCGAUAGCAACGCCCCCAUGGAGUCGUCUUCUGUCAUGACGAAGACCUUGAGCAAAUCCGAAUCCUCGAAUUGCUUCUUUGCCCGGAAGUGUUCGUACGUCGUCAGACCGGUAUCGUCCGAUCGAACUAUGUUGCAGUACUCUUCCAAUAUGGCCAAUAUGAUGCUGCAGCUUAGGAUUUGCUGCUUCACGUCACCGGAAGCUGGCACGUUUUAUCAUGAUCGCUACCACCUGGAGCAGUUUGUCCCGAAUGAAUACUGGAAUGUCCCGUUGAAUGAUGUAGUUCAGCAGAUACUGACGCAGGGAUGCUUUGUCGUGAUCGGGAAUGUACUUCCAUUCGGCAAUGACGGCCUUCUUCAGGACGUCGGCAGCCUCGAACAGUACCAAAUCGACGACGGAUUUCUCCAGGAUGGUCUGGCACAGGACUUUUCCGCCUUAAAAAUGUCCUUAUCGCACAUCAAAUCGCUGGUGGAAAACUACUCCAAAGUUUGUCGCUUCUGCUUGCAGUCAAAUUCACAAGAUCUCGGCAAUCUAUACGAACAAAUCACCGGAAAAGCCGACAUCGUUACCAUCAACACUACCGUCCGUAGCGUCCUGACGAUACUCGGAAUUCAGAUCACACAAAACGAUGUCUACCCGAAUCUCAUCUGCGGUAGCUGCCGGGAUUUGCUACACUCCAUUCAGAACUUUCGCGAAAGGGUACAGAAAUCGAUGCAACUCUUGGAUCAGGCUAGGCUUUUGAAGGAAUUUCCCAAUGCAAAGUUUGACGACGAACCAUCUGAGGUGGUGAAGGAAAAAAUCGAAUUCGAGGAACCCACCGCCCUGGAUGUGGCAUACGAAGUGAUGGUUGCUUCCAACGGCGAAGAUGUUGGAUCGGUCGCUGAGGACACCGAGGAAACCGUCACGCUAGAUGGCGGAGACGAGGUGAAGCUGGAAGUGGACGUCGAGGGAAUCGAACCGGAAGCGGCAAGCGAGUAUGCCGAAACGGAAUGGGUAGUUUAUGAUGAGUGUGAACAGAAUGAACAACAGCAAGCGGACGAAACCGAAGAGGUUUAUGUGGACGAAGAAUACAUCCAGGAGAGUUUGUCGGACGAGGAUCGGGUAUCGGCAACUUCCGAGGUGACUCAGAUGCUACACGGAGAAGAAGACGAAGAAAUGGAGGAGGAGGAGGAAGAAGCAGCAGAAGGAAAAGAGGAAUUGCCUGAAACGAUACAACCACCGCCUAACAAGAAUUGCCCUAUAUGUGGCGUAACGUCCACGGCCAUGGCGGUACAUAUGCGAACUCACACAAAAAUCCGGCCAUUUACAUGUGGAACGUGCGAAAAGAAGUUCUACACCAACGCCAAGCUCCGGUCGCACAUAGAAUCGGUGCACAUUGGAGAGCGGAAGUUUUCCUGCGAAAUCUGCGGGAAAGCGUUCGUGCUGAGGAAGACUCUGAACGCUCACAUGAUGUCGCACGUGGCGGAAAAGGCCUUUGUGUGUUCGGUAUGUUCCAAAGGGUUCCUGUUCCGGUGGGCACUGGUAAAGCACGAACGGGUUCACACGGGAGAGCGGCCCUACGUGUGCACCUUGGAUGGGUGUGGGAAGAAGUUUGCUACGUCUUCCAACUUAAGUCAACAUCAGAAGACGAAUACCCACUGGAAGAAUCCUCGGGAGGAUAUAUGCCAGGAAUGUGGUAAGUCGUUUCAGAAUAAGUACGCCCUGAGAGCACAUCUGAGGAGCCAUCACGGUGCGAAGAUCGUGGGAAAUAGUGAGUAACAGCGUCUGUUUGGGUGUAAUAAGAAGGUAUCCUUUAGUCAGAGUAAA